AUUAAUUGUUAGUAACUUGUUUGAUCAAAGGUCUCAUAGAAAACAAAACCAUGUCUUUUUCAAUGAAUUCAUGGAGCUUUGUGUUUCUUUUUAUGACACUAACAGCAUUGACAAUCAUCGGCAGACCUUCUGUAGCUGCCGUAGUGUACCGGCCAAGCCCUUGGGCACUCGCCCAUGCAACCUUUUACGGCGAUGAAACCGCCUCCGAGACUAUGGGAGGUGCUUGUGGGUAUGGGAAUUUGUUUAGCAAUGGUUAUGGUAUUGACACAGCUGCACUGAGCACAACAUUGUUCAACAAUGGGUUUGCUUGUGGGACUUGUUAUCAAAUAAAGUGUGUUAAGUCGCCUUGGUGCUACAGUGGGGUUCAAUUCACCACCGUGACGGCUACAAACCUUUGCCCUCCGAAUUGGGCCAAAGACACCAACAAUGGUGGGUGGUGCAACCCUCCACGAGUCCAUUUUGACAUGUCGAAGCCCGCUUUUAUGAAAAUUGCUCAGUGGAAAGCCGGCAUUGUUCCUAUCAUGUACCGAAGAGUACCGUGUAUAAGACGAGGGGGGCUUCGAUUUUAUUUUCAAGGGAAUGGGUAUUGGUUGUUAGUGUAUGUGAUGAAUGUAGGAGGAGGAGGUGACAUUGCCAAAAUGUGGGUCAAAGGAAGCAAAACAGGGUGGAUUAGUAUGAGUCAUAAUUGGGGAGCUUCAUAUCAAGCAUUUGCAACACUUAUGGGCCAAUCUUUAUCUUUCAAGAUCACUUCAUACACAUCCAAGGAGACUAUCAUAUGUUGGAAUGUUGCACCUGCAAAUUGGAAUGUAGGUUUGACUUACAAGUCAAAUGUCAACUUCCAUUAA